AUGGCGAGUGGAACGAAGAAGCGACGAAAGUCGCAGUCUCCGGCCUGCGAUACCGCUUCAAAACGCGCACGUGUUACCUCGAAACGUACCCAACACGCCGAGCCAAAUUCGAAUUCGUCGCGCGCCGGAUCUGUCAAAGACACAUACCGGGCGCAGAAGCAGGGCCGCUCGAUAUCACUACCCACUGGAGACGACUGGGUGUUCCGUGUGAAAGUUAUUUCGUCCGCGACCGACCUGGGGAAUGAUCUAUUCAAGAACGCAGUACAGGGGCUUGUAAGGAUCUGCUUUCCUGAGGGCAUCCUCGACCAACUGGGACCGCAGGUACUGGAGCAACAUAUGCGUGAAGAGAAGGCACCCGAACAAAACAUCGAGAGAAUGGGGGAUUUAUUCCGAUCCGAGAUGGCUCAACGUGUGGCCUCCAUGAUAGCAGGGCAUCUCGACACGGCUGCCAAAGUCGACUCGGUCCUGGGAACUAUCUUGUUUGCCAGCGCAAGAGCUCAUGGAGAUAACCUUGGAGAGGACAUAUUGGGUUAUGUCACUGAUAGCCUACUCAAGCUGAAGGUAAAAGCCUCUGAACGCUCGACAGAGUGGUUAGCCGGCGGUGACGCGGCAGCAACAGAAGAAGAAGAAGAGGGUAGUAGUGAUGGAGAGAGCAGCACCAACGAUAUCUCUAACAAAGAGCUUACGCCACCGCCAAAGACGAAGAAACCCAAGAAGCGAGAUAGGAAACAACAACGCGCGCGCUCGAAGACACCAGAUGACAUCUUAGAAGACGUUGAAGUGGAUAACAACGUACCGGCGACACUGCCUAAGCAACACACAUCGAAGAACAAAGACCGAAAGAUUUCUUCUACAUGGAAAUGGCAUGUUGACGCGGCAGAGCUCGCAGACGAAGACGUGGCUGACACCUUUCCACGCACGAGCGACCUGUUUGCGUAUCACGCAUUACCGAUUUCUCAACGCAAGCUUGGACCCAGUGCAUCAAAGAAAGAGAUCAGAUGUGAGAUGCAGUCGCUACUCGAUGGCACGCCCCAAGAGGAGUUUGAGAAGUGGGUCGAGAGUUUGCAAAAGCUACUUGAUGGUGACCGCGAUAUGUUGGAGCGACAAGAGUCAACAUCUUUGGAUCACCAGCAGCAGUUGAGUCGUGUAACCCCGGCGCCUAUUGAUACACGGAGACACUCUCAAAAAGCCACGGGCAACAUAUCAGGCAGUUCGACCUAUCCUGAAACCGAUCUAGAAAGGGGUAAUGGACCUUCGCGCCAGGAUACUUUCGUCAAACGCGAAGUUGUUGUUGAGUCAAUGGAACAACCACAUACGCCUAAUCAAAUCCAUCGAAAUGAUUCGUUAUCGGAAGCUACGGCUACCUUACGACAAGUUUCAUUAGAGGAGAGCCGUACUCCGUUGCUUGGGCAGGUUUCGGAGCAAGUAGGCGGGAAAAGUUUCCCGAGUCACGCAAGUAUGCUGGAUUGGGUUAGUGAUGCUUUGCUAUCUUAUAUCAUCGAGCUAAUCAAAAUCAGGCAUCAGGGAUGA